GCCGUCGGCAGGGAGCGAGGUGACCCGCGCUGCGUGCGCUGACGGAGACAAAGCGGUGGCCGAGGCGGCCGUGGCGGCGGCGGCGUGUGCAGGACAAAUCCCCGACGCCGAGUCCCGUGUUGCCCGCCCCGUCAUCGCCUGUCGAGGCGCGGCGCGGGUCGCGCGGGCGGCGGCGGAGAAGGCGGCGGAGAAGGCGGCACAUGGUUCCAAGAGCGCGCUGCGGUGGUUGAGUUCCAGUUCCGCGGGGAGGGACAAAGGCAUCUGCGAGCUGCAGGCAACGCCCGGUCGCCCCUGCUGCUGCGCUCGCCGCUGCCCCCCGUUCUCCGCCCUGGAGCUGGGACUAGCUCCUCUCUGUCAGGAGCGAGGAGGUGGCCAUAGGACCCGGGCCUGCGAGGGCCUGAGGGGCCGAGGCCGACUUCUGAGGAGAGUGGGGGAAGGGCGCACCUGAGGUGAUUCGGGAGGGGGGCUUAUCAUGAGGUGUUUGUGUGGGCCGCUGUGAGUAAUUUCCCGCGCCAUCUGUGGUGGUGGUUGUGGUAUCCGAGUCAGCUGUGUUGGGCCGGGUUUGGGGAAAGGAAUCGUCGGUCGGCACCGAGGACCUUUCAGUUGGGAAGCCGGGGAAGCCGGAAAUAGCAUCUACUGCACCGCACCGCCUCGUAGAGCACCUGUUUGAGGAGCCCGGCGUCUUCGGUGGCGUCUUCGGUGGUGACGAAGUCUUCUGUGGUAAUGACGUAGGUGGACCGUCAGCUUUAUGACAGAAGUAGGUCAAUUUCCAGAUUCCUCGCAGGAAAGUUAGGAGACUUAGAAAAGGACUCGAAGAACGUGAAGAUGAAGCUGUAACAAACUACCAAGUUGGAAGACCAUUCAGAACCAUUCGUUUUUUGAUGCGCGUCGGAAUUGCGUGAAGGAAGCUUGACCCUCGGAGCGCUUAAGGACUGUAGGUUUAGGAUGUAGUUCUUCCCAAAAUAUUACAGCGUAGUCAUUGAAAUACUUAAAUCACUUGCAGCUUCAAAUAUCUGACUAUAUUUUUGGAUAGAUAUUAGGGGAAAUUUUGUUUCGUGUGUCACUAAGAAGCACAAAUUUACCCUUUACUGGACGGAAUCCUGAGAAAAUCAGUUCCUCUAUAUAUACUUCCCCGUUGACGGGUAAACACUGGAGACUCCUUGCAGUCAUGGCCUUCACCAAUUACAGCAGUCUCAACCGAGCCCAACUAACCUUUGAAUAUCUGCACACAAAUUCAACCACUCAUGAAUUCUUGUUUGGUGCUCUUGCUGAACUGGUUGAUAAUGCAAGAGAUGCUGAUGCUACGAGGAUAGACAUUUAUGCUGAGAGGCGGGAGGAUCUUCGAGGAGGAUUUAUGCUUUGCUUUUUGGAUGAUGGAGCAGGAAUGGAUCCGAGUGAUGCUGCCAGUGUGAUACAGUUUGGAAAGUCAGCCAAACGAACUCCUGAGUCCACCCAAAUUGGGCAGUAUGGCAAUGGAUUAAAAUCGGGCUCAAUGCGGAUUGGAAAGGAUUUUAUCCUCUUCACUAAGAAGGAAGACACCAUGACCUGUCUUUUCCUCUCUCGUACCUUUCAUGAGGAAGAAGGCAUUGAUGAAGUGAUUGUCCCAUUGCCUACCUGGAAUGCUCGAACACGGGAACCUGUCACAGAUAAUGUAGAGAAGUUUGCCAUUGAGACAGAGCUCGUCUACAAGUACUCUCCCUUCCACACUGAGGAGCAAGUGAUGUCCCAGUUCAUGAAGAUUCCUGGGAAUAGUGGGACACUGGUGAUCAUCUUUAAUCUCAAGCUCAUGGAUAACGGAGAGCCGGAACUAGACAUAAUCUCAAAUCCAAAAGAUAUCCAGAUGGCAGAAACCUCCCCAGAGGGCACGAAGCCAGAGCGACGCUCCUUUCGAGCCUAUGCUGCUGUGCUUUAUAUUGAUCCCCGGAUGAGGAUCUUCAUCCAUGGGCACAAGGUGCAGACCAAGAGACUCUCCUGCUGCCUAUAUAAGCCCAGGAUGUACAAGUAUACAUCAAGUCGUUUCAAGACUCGGGCAGAACAGGAAGUGAAGAAAGCAGAACAUGUAGCACGGAUUGCUGAAGAGAAGGCCCGGGAGGCAGAGAGCAAAGCUCGGACAUUAGAAGUACGCAUGGGUGGAGACCUGACACGGGACUCCAGGGUGAUGUUGCGGCAGGUCCAGAAUACAGCCAUCACCCUUCGUAGAGAAGCUGAUGUCAAGAAAAGGAUCAAGGAUGCCAAGCAACGAGCACUCAAAGAACCCAAGGAGCUGAACUUUGUUUUUGGGGUCAACAUUGAACACCGGGACUUAGAUGGCAUGUUUAUCUAUAAUUGUAGCCGCCUGAUCAAGAUGUAUGAGAAAGUGGGCCCACAGCUAGAAGGGGGCAUGGCAUGUGGAGGGGUUGUUGGAGUUGUUGAUGUACCCUACUUGGUUUUGGAGCCUACGCAUAACAAGCAGGACUUCGCUGAUGCUAAGGAGUACCGGCAUCUGCUGCGAGCAAUGGGGGAGCACUUGGCACAGUACUGGAAGGACAUUGCCAUUGCUCAGCGUGGAAUCAUCAAAUUUUGGGAUGAGUUUGGCUACCUUUCUGCCAACUGGAACCAACCCCCAUCCAGUGAACUGCGUUUCAAACGUCGGAGGGCUAUGGAAAUCCCAACCACUAUCCAGUGUGAUUUGUGUCUGAAAUGGAGGACCCUUCCCUUCCAACUCAGUUCAGUAGAAAAAGAUUAUCCUGAUACCUGGGUUUGCUCUAUGAACCCUGAUCCUGAGCAGGACCGCUGUGAAGCUUCUGAACAGAAGCAGAAGGUUCCCUUGGGGACAUUAAAAAAGGAUCCAAAGACACAGGAAGAAAAGCAGAAGCAGCUGACAGAGAAAAUUCGCCAGCAGCAGGAAAAGCUAGAAGCUCUUCAGAAAACCACACCUAUCCGUUCACAAGCUGACCUGAAGAAAUUACCCUUAGAAGUGACUACCAGACCUUCUACUGAAGAACCUGUGCGGAGACCUCAGCGUCCUCGGUCACCCCCUUUACCUGCAGUGAUCAAGAAUGCUCCUAGCAGACCCCCUUCUAUUCAAACUCCCAGACCAACUAGCCAACUUCGAAAGACUUCUGUUAUCAGCCCUCCAAAGCCACCUGUGCCAGCGACCCGAGGAGAAACUAGCACUUCCAGGCUACUCCAGCCAGCUGAGGCACCUAGAAAGCCUGCAAACCCUCCCAUCAAGACUGCACCACGGCCCACCCCUCCUGUGCAGCCAUCACCAUCUCUACUCCCCAGUUCCAAGAACCUUCGGGAGGUUCCUGCUCAAAAAGCCAUCAAGACUCCAGUGGUCAAGAAGCCAGAGCCACCUGUUAAACAGUCUGUGGCAACCUCAGGUCGGAAGCGGAGUAUUGCAGUCUCUGACGAGGAAGAUGCUGAAGAAGAAGCUGAAAGGAGGAAAGAGAGAUGCAAGCGGGGCAAGUUUGCUGUGAAGGAGGAAAAGAAGGAAGCAAAUGAGCUCUCAGACAGCGCUGGGGAAGAUGACCCAGCUGAAAUCAAGAAGGCUCAGAAAGAUAAAGGACUGCAUGUAGAGGUACGUGUGAACCGGGAGUGGUACACAGGCCGUGUCACAGCUGUGGAGAUGGGCAAAAAUGUGGUUCGGUGGAAAGUGAAAUUUGACUACGUGCCCACAGACACAACACCAAGAGAUCGCUGGGUGGAGAAAGGCAGUGAGGAUGUACGACUGAUGAAGCCACCUUCUCCAGAGCAUCAGAGCCCGGACACGCAGCAAGAAGGUGGCGAGGAAGAGGAAGCUGUGGUUGCUCAGCAGGCGGUAGCCUUGCCAGAGCCCUCUACCUCUGAUGGUCUUGCCAUUGAGCCUGACACCACUGCCCCCAGUACCAACCAUGAGACUAUUGACCUCCUGGUCCAGAUUCUUCGGAAUUGUUUGCGGUAUUUUUUGCCUCCAAGUUUCCCCAUCUCCAAGAAGGAACUGAGUUCUAUGAGUUCAGAAGAAUUGUUAUCUUUUCCUCUGAAAGAAUACUUCAAGCAGUAUGAGGUGGGGCUCCAGAAUCUGUGCCAUUCCUACCAAAGCCGUGCUGACUCACGGGCAAAAGCCUCAGAGGAGAACCUGCGCAAUUCUGAGAAAAAGCUUCGUGAGACAGAGGAGAAGUUACAGAAAUUGAGGACCAACAUUGUAGCACUCCUGCAAAAAGUGCAGGAGGACAUAGACAUCAACACAGAUGAUGAGCUGGAUGCCUACAUUGAGGACCUCAUCACCAAAGGGGACUGAAGAACUAGGAAUUGGAUCAGCUCCUCUGUACACCUGCCCCUCAACACAGCAGCUUCUGGGGAGGGGGAUUUCAUUUGUGAAUUGGUGGACUUAAUCUUGGUUUGACUAAUGUGGGACAUUUGUGCUUUGGGAAGGAGGUUCUUUGAAUCUUCCUCCCUAAGUUUACAUAAAUAUUUAUUUUUGAAAAGAGAAGAGGUUAAUGCCUGCUAUGAGACCAUACUUUUUUGUGUGUGACUCUUGAGGAAAGGGCAUAGAGUCAGAGCCAGUCAUCUCCUGGCACCUCAAGAUAGGAUGAAGCAAGCACCAUCUUGAAGUUGGAGAGGCUUCAGGGCCAGGGUGAUUUUACUCCUAUAGCAUCAACAACGGGAUAUGAAAGAUAUAUGGUCCCAGGGACUCAGAUCUACAAGACUCUCAAGGGAGUGAUCAAAGCAGUCACAGUAUCAAAAAGACUCUCCUUGUAACAGAUCUCCCAAUGUCCAGUCAGGGCUAUGAAGGUCUGUAGGAUGCCUAAGCAACUGUCAGUCAUCCUGGAUGUGGAAGUAUCCAGACAGCUUGGAGAUGAUUGUCGAUGCUCACAUUUCCCAAUGUACCACCUACUUUGUUACCGAAGGAGCCAUUUCCUGAGUCAACCACACUGUCCAAGCUCAAGCUGGGCUGGAUAGCACUCUGAAUGUUGAACUCCGAAGAUUCUCAGGGUGUGCAGGUAUGAAAGAGCUCUCUGGAGGAGGAGGCUUCCUCAGUGGUGCUAGUUCCUGGAGAGCCUUUGCUGCUGUUUUUCUACUAUGUACUCUGUGGGCUCCAGAGACCCCUGCACCUCCCAUGCUCUGAACAGUGAGGAGGAGGGACCAUGUGCUUCAGACAGCUACUCAGAGCCAGAAAGACAAGAGCUUCAUCUGAUGGCCUUUGGAAGAAUUCUGGUUCCAGUUCAACCAACUCUUCACAUAAAGAUUGACUUUAUACUCUUGAUGCAAACCACCUUGGGAAUUCUUUUUUCACCAUCUACCCAAGCCAAGACUGCCACCUUGUGUCCCAUGGUGUCUGCAGAAGAUGGGGAAGUGGUGGGGAGGGAGCUGUGCACAUGUGGCUAGAAGUGCCUGCUUGGGUUCUAGGCUACCCCAGAAUAUUCCAUCAGGCAAUCCCUGAUGCAGGGUUGUUUGGGGGGAAUGUCAUUAGGAAUAUCAUUCAGAAGUGAUUCUCCUCUGGAACAUUCUCCAGUAGACGGGUUUCCUGAGUUUUGGUGCACAUUGCCGCCACCCCCCCCCCCCAAUGCAACUUUCUGUUGACCUUAUUCAGGCAGUAUGUGUUUUUUUGUCGGUAAACCCACUAUAUAAAAGGAAAUUGGUCCUGCAUUUUUAUUGGCAGGUAAUACUCAUUUUUUUUUUUUUUUUUUACUUACACAUGUAAUCAAAAUGUGUUACUAUAAAUUUCUACUGGUGAGAGACUCCUGCGUUCAGUACAUUCUUGGUGAAAUACAAGACCUUUGUCUUCAUUCUUUUGCAUCUCCACUGUUUAUUGUUUUUAACUUCACUUUCUUAAUUUAGAGACAGAAAAACUGCAUUUCCUGGACGCUUUAACUUUCUAGAUGUGCUAAACCCAACUUCAGCUUUUCUGCAUGCUGCCCAUUCCUCAGGCAGGCAGUGAUCCUACUAUUGUGAUAAGAUAAAAUGUAGGGUCUUUCCUGGGAAUAUCAUGGAAUAGCUGAUGUUGGAACGAGUUAAUAAGGCAUCCAGUGCCUCUAAAGAAAGGUGUGAGGAUUUAAGAUCCUAAGUGACAAGUGAACAUGGUAAGAAUCCAAAUACCACAAAAGGCUGAGCAUGAAAAGGCUGUCUGCUACCUGGUUCCAGGUUCUUCCUGGAGAGCAGAGUAUUCAUCUUGGCCAGCUGGCUACACACCUGCCUCUUGGGCUUCCUUAUAUAUUUUUUUUUUACCACGUGCAUCAUAUUAUUUGAGAAUCGCCGGUAUAGGUCUACUUUGUUCUGAGCCAUCACAGGGCAUUUCAUUAUCUUGAGUGCAUUGUCAUGCAACAAUCUAAAUACUUGUGGUAUGUGUAUGCCUUCAUCCAUUACAUCUGUAUAGAGGUUAAAUUCCAGAAAGGACUAUCAGACACAUUCUCAUUCUGUGCCCAGUAACUUAUAGUUUCAACUCAUUAACUGUGGCUAUCUCCAAUCCUAACUUUUCACUAAGGUUUAGUUUUAGUGUGACUGAGCAUUUUCAUUGGCUUGCCGGGUUUCUGGCUUUUUUUUUGUUGUUGCAGAGGUAUAUAUAGUUCUGAAUCUUAGGUCCAGGGUUCUUUUUGUAGAUUGUGAGUUUGCAAAAUGCUCAGGAAAAUAAGUAGGAUUUAGAAUUUCCAACUCCAUUUGGGAAUAAAUUGCUGUCUGCUACCAGAUCAGGACAAGAACACAACACUUGUUUUCCAAGGAUUAGUACUGGCUAGGGAGGGAGACUUCUGGUUUCUUUUCAUCUAACUGAGAGAUACUGUGCAGGCUCAUGUUUUUGAUGUUCAGAUGCAGUGACUGCCUGAUAGUUUGCACCUUUAGGGAUCAGUAAUAAGUUAACCGUGAUACAACUUCAGAUUUGCCAUUUACACAGAAUCCAAGUUUGACUUGAGUGUUUUGUGCCUCCACUGGCUAGUUGACUUCUGUUUGGAAGAUCAUCCAACAGAACUGUGUAGUGGGAAUUCUGGAAUUUUAAUUUAAAAACAGAAAUAGAAGAAUGUUUUUGUUUUAAUCCCAGGUGUGGAAAUAUGGGGCUGCUUUGGACUGUCUAUGAUUUGCCUUGUGUUCUAGCAGAUAAGUUACUGCAUCUUAUGUCUGGGAUUCUGGGAACUUCUUGGUGGUAUAAUGCUAGAGCCCCAAUAGGUAUGGUUGAUGGCUGUUGAUCAUUUGGGCGAGGAGGGCAUUGUUAGUAGUCUUGCCCAAAGAAAAAACAAACUAGAUUCAGAGAUCUCCCACCCCCAUCAUUCUAUCUAGUGAUGUGGGUGAAACCAGGGAGUGAUAAAGGGUGGGGAAAAGAACCCACAAAGUAGCAAAGACCAGGUACAGGGUUGGGUGAGCCUGAGAAUUGUAGUGCAUGGUUCUGGACUGGAGGUGGAACCUCAGGGCUCCUUGUUGAACAGCCAUGUUGUACUUGUUUCUCAGAGCAGCUGCAGAGCCAGCUCUACCCAGCAGGCAGAGCUCCAAAAGGUUCUGCCCUCAGACUGCCAGUCCCCCUGCACUCCUUGAGGAACUGUCUCCACAGUGAACAGGGAUGGUAAGGCGAGGUGUUGCCAGGCCUGCCCUUCAGUCUUAGCCUUUUCAGUAGCCUGCCAGGUGCCAGGGCCACUGCUGGGUUCAGCAGAAACUUCCUUCUUGCUAGGAAGGCAGACAAGUCACCACUCUAGCCACUUGUUCCUUCUCUAAAAGCCUUGCAUGGCAGAUCAUCCGGUGGAAUAGCCACAAGAACAGGUUCCCACCUGGAAUUCAGACAGUGCUUCUAAAAAGCCAGUAAGUCUGGAGCUAUGGGUUGGAGUGUGUGUGUGCUGGGGGUGAAACCUCUUGCUGUCUUGAUCCCCAGUAUUUGCUUACAGGAUUCUGUUUCCCAUGCUGACCUUCAGCGGUUUACUGCCCACAUAGGGGCAUGCUUUUCCUAGGACUGCCAUCAUGGCCUUCUAUUUAGCCAGCCUCAUCAGUAUCCCUGGGCUUCCAUGCAGCUUCUGCCAGACCUGUACCAUUUUUAGGGCAUUCAUCCUCAGCAGUUGCUUGCUAAUACCUAGAAGGUGGGGUCCACAAAGAGCCUAUGAACUUGUGUCCUCUAGACCUUUCUGGAAUGCUUCCAGGAUUUUCAGGGUCCCUUGCAGCCCCCACUUCUAGAGCUGUUGCCAGCUCUGUAAUGCUACUGUGACUUGGCUGUCUUUCCUGCCCUUGUUCAGCUCUAGGUUCCUGGCGCCUCUCCCAGGUGCCUCACCAGUUGUUUGGUCACUAGAUGACUUGAGGUGCUUCACUGGGCCCUGGAGUGUGGACCAACAGUUAAAAGGGGGUUCUUUCUUAGUUCCUUGUGCUACUACAGCACCACAAAUGCCUAAGGGUUGAUUAGAAACCCUCACCCAGCCCAGAAGACACAGCAUCCCAGUGCCCGUCUUUCUGGAGGUGACUGUGCUCAGUCCUGUGGGGCACUGGCCUUCUAGCAGACGGCCAGUGUUGGGAGGGCACUGCCCCUACCCAGGCAACAACUGUGCAAGGUUGCACAGGUGACAUCAUGCAGGAAGGUUGUCCUGAGGGGCUCCUCAGACCCUGGCUUACCGUAAAAGUGAGUAACUGUCAAAGAGUUAUUUUCUAUGUGUGAAUGUUGUGCCUUCGUGUAUGUCUGUGCAAUCACAUAAGUGCACGGUUCCCUCGGAAGCUAGAAGAGGGCAAUGAAACUGGAGUUGCAGGCGUUUGUGAGCCUUCUGUAGGUGCUGAAAACCAAAGCCUGAGUCCUGCCCAUGAGCAGCAGGAGCUCUUAACUGUAGAGCCAUGGACUUCACUCUCCUGGUUCUUGUUUGUUUGUUUGUUUAGCUUUUUGUAGAGGAUCACUACUGGUAACACUUUGCACAGAUAACCUAUUCGGGAGCUCUUGUUUCUGCAAGGUGAAGGGCAUGGGCAGGGCCUGCAUGUGUUCACCUUGCCUUGAAGGGCCAGUCUGUGUACAGGCUUACCAGCCGCCUUUAUCACUUAUUUGUGUGCAUUGGUGUUUUGUCUGCAUGUAUGUCUUAGUGGGCAGCAGAUCCUCUGCAACUGGAAUAACAGUUGUGAGCUGUCAUGUGGGUGCUGGGAAUUGAACUCGGAUUCUCUGAAGAGUAGCCAGUGCUCUUACUCACUGAGCCAUCUCCAGCCCUACAUUAGUACUUUUUAAACUUGAGUUUUCUUUAUUUUUCUUAGUUCUUGGUAUAUUCUAGAUAAUAAUGCUGCCAAGUGUACAGCUGACUGUUUUCACCCAUUCUGUAUAAGCUUACCUAUUUCCUUCGUUAUAUAGAAUCCUCUGAGUUUCCGUUGGAGCCAUUGUUUCCUUAUUUCCUCACUGACUGCGACAUUACUCAGAAGGUUCUCAACUACAUUGUGAAAUGUUUUCUGCAGUUUUUUUAGGUCAUACAUUAAGGUCUCUGAUCUUUUUGGAGAUGGUUUUUUUCUCAUCACAAGAGACAAGGAUCAUUCUUGUAUAUGUAGCUAUCAAGUUUUCCAGCACUGUUGGUUGAAGAAGCUUUUUUCCAAUGUGUAUUUUUGGCUUCAUGUCAAUAAGCAGUUGCUGUAGCUGCAUCUAUUUGCCUGGAUUUUCUGUUCUGUUCCAAGGGUCUACACACAUUUCUGUGCCAGUACCAUGCUGAUUUUGUUACUGUGGAUUUGUAAUCUAACUUAAAAUCAGGUAUAGAGAUUUCUCCAUUACUCUUACUUUUAUUUAACCUUGUCUAUGUGAGGUAUUUUGUGUUUCCAGAUGAAUUUUAAGAGCUCUAUGAAGAAUGUAUUCAAAUUUGGAUGAGAUUGCAUUGCAACCUAAGGAGGUUGCUUUUGGUUAAAUAACCAUUUUCACAAUAUUAAUUCUUCCAAACCAUGAGCACGAGAAGUCUUUUCAUCUUGUAGUGUCUUCCUCUCUUUAUUCAGUGUUGUAAAGUUUUCACUGUAGAGGUAUUUUACUUUUUGGUUUAUUCUGAGGUACUAUUUGGUAGUGGCAACAGGUGGCGGUUGUGAAUGGAUUUCUCUGAUUUAUUUUUUAGUAUGUGUGGUGGUUUGAAUGGCCCUGAUAGGUUCAUAUGUUUGAAUGCUUGGUUGGGAGUUGGGGGGAAGAUCUGGGAAUGGCUUGGGCUUUUGAAACCUCAAAGCCCAACCCUUAAUGACAUACCUCCUCCAACAAGGCCACACCUCCUUAUCCUUCCUAAACAGUUCCAGCCAACUGGGUACCAAGAUGUGAGCUCCCAGCAAUUCCUGCUGCCAGGCUUUUGUUCUGCUAUCAUAGACUCUAAACUUCUAAAACUGUAAUCCCAAAAUUAAAUGUUUUUUUAAAUACUC